AUGGAAGGCAAAACAGUGAUUCUAAGUGUGCUCAUAAUGAGUCUUGUCAUGGCGCAAAUCCAAGUGGAAGCAAAGAGCUGUUGCACGUCCCUUAGGGCUAGAUCUAUCUUUAAUGCUUGCCAAGACCCCCCGCAAGAGUGUGCUAAAGCCAGUAAUUGCAUAAUCUAUUCUGGGGAGACAUGCCCUCCCGACUACCCUUAUGACAUGCUCAAAUACUCGGGUGAUGGUGUCAAUGAAUACUGCAAGUUGGGAUGUACAUCCUCUCUGUGCGGUGCCAUGACCACUCUCCAGAAAUCCGAUGCAAGUGAAAUUGUGAAUGGAGCGGUUGAACAAUGCGUCAAGGCAUGUUCUACUUUCUGCACCAAGGGCUCUAAAAUCGCAGUUGAAACUGCAUAA